ACCACAGAGGGGUUCAGAUGGGCUGCUGGGGGCUGGUGAAUUACGCCGCCACCGCCGCCAUCUGUUCAGCUUUACUGCAGAAGUAUCUGGAUAACUUUGACCUCAGCAUAAAGGUCAUCUACAUCCUGGGCACUCUGGGCUUCACCGUCGGUACGGCCGUCAUGGCGAUCUUCCCCAACGUCUACGUCUCCAUGGUGAUGAUCAGCAGCAUGGGCAUCAUCUCCAUGAGCAUCUCGUACUGUCCGUACGCUCUGCUGGGCCAGUAUCAUGAUAAUAAAGAGUACGUCCAGCACAGCCCCGGCAACUCCAAGCGAGGUUUCGGCAUCGACUGCGCCAUCCUGUCGUGUCAGGUGUACAUCUCUCAGAUCCUGGUGGCGUCGGCGCUGGGCGCGGUGGUGGAUGCGGUGGGCAGCGUGCGGGUCAUUCCCAUGGUGGCCUCCGGCGGCUCCUUCCUGGGCUUCCUGGCCGCCUGCUUCCUCGUCAUCUACCCGGGGUCCAGCGGAGAGGCCGACGGGGCGAAGGUCGAGCAGACGAGGGCGCUGACGUCCCCGAAUAACAACAGCAUGACCGAGAAGCCCAGCUUCCUCAAGCUCACGCGCAAAGGCGCCACCACAACCACCUGCAAAGUGGAGUGCGAAUCCACUCUGUGAAUGCGAUCAGACUAACAUUCCCGACGCGUUUCUACACGCAUUAAACCGACCGGGUGGAUGGAAGGCAUGGUUUUCUUUUUUUUUUUCUCGUUGAUUUGUCCGUGUUUGGCCUGGUGUUGUGGGUCUCAGGGCUGCAUCUCAGGGUCACCAGGGGGCAACUCUGGGCUGAACUCUUCAGGGGAGAGCUCUCUCGCUCUCAACCACAUGCACUUCCCUUGCACACUUCCAUUCGAAGCUCAUC